AUGGAGUUUGAAGCAAAUGUCGUUACCAUUCAACUGCUCAAGUUUGUGGACGUUGAGCGUCAACCUGCUGCUCGUGAAGGUACGCAUUUGGGGUUGGCUGUGACGAGAUGGGAACACCACAACGGCCAAGUCCUGUUAUCGAUAGGGACCUCCGAGGCUGGCCGUAUCAGUAAGAGGUACCGUCCAGAAUGGACCAUAGCAGAAACGCCAUCACGUGUUCUGAAGCCAACAGGAGAGGACUCCUUUUUCGCAGAGACGCUCUCCACAGAUCGAACAAUGCGAACAUGCCUGACCUUGCGUCCGGCUCAGGCUGUAGAUGACCACUGGCCUUACCAAAAGAUUGUGACCCUUGUGGAGAUCGGCGAAGGGCUAAACGGCUAUCCCAAUAUUAUCCACGGCGGGAUGGCAGCAACUCUACUGGACGAAGUUUCUGGUGUUCUGUUACAGAUCAACACAGCGGCUCAGCUAGAAAGGAUGAAGCGACAAAAUCCCAGCGGCUCCCAUGUGCAGCCCAGUUAUUUCACUGCGUACCUGAAUACAUCCUACCGCUUACCGGUACCUACUCCUGGCGUUAUACUCUGCACUGCCAAAUUGGAACGAACCGAGGGCAGAAAGGUCUGGCUGCGAGCUACUAUUGAAGAUGGUGCAGGGACGGUCUUCACAGUUGGAGAGUGCAUGUUUCUGGAGAUGAAAAACAAGCUCUGA